UUGUUGUCCAACGCUCGCCAGGGAAACGUCAAACGCUUGUACGGUCGUCUGCUGGGGAUCGCAGCAGGCUUGCAGAUUCCGUAUACUUUAAGCUUCUAGUGCGUAGUGGCUGUGUGUUUGUGUGUGGCUUGAGACAUUUCGUAAGUGUGCGCGCUACCCCCAGCAAGGGGUGGAAGAAUUUUCUCUCUCUCGCGCGCGCGCGCCCACGAGCGCAGAAGACGCGAUCAAGGGCUCCGUACGGCCCGUGCGCGAACGUUCGAGCUCAGAUGAUCUGGUGAAGUCAACCGGGACGGUACUGCUGUCUGCUGUCCUGGCCUCCUCAGAGACGCUUCCACUGCUUCAACGAGUGCCCCAACACAACAGACCCAAGAAUAGUGCCAUAUUGUGACAGUGACAGUGUGUUUGUGUAUGACUUUGUGUGCAGUGCUUGCAGGAUUUCUUGGAUUUCCCACUCAACAGUGCCCAGGAAGCCCGAUCACUAUCAUCGGGUGACGAGAAGCCCGGCAAAAGCUCAUUAGCAGCUCGUUACGCGCGCCCGACGCGCAUUGUGCAGAGACAAUAAGGCGUGCGACAGAUCGUUACGACUGCGCGACACAUCACCGGAAGAGGCGCCCAGGAACCAGGCAGCCAACGCCACCCAGUGAAACACCAUCAACCAAUAACGUCUACCUUGAAAGUACUGCCAGCAGUGACAGGAUGUCGUCCUGUGCGUGUCCUAUGACGAGCCCCGUCGGGGCCACGCUGGCCGCACUGUGCGGCGGUACGCAGUACAUGCUGUUCAUGGGUCUGCUGGAGGUGUUCAUAAGGUCACAGUGCGAUCUGGAGGAUCCGUGCGGACGGACCAAGGCAAAAUCAUCCCGAAAUGUGGACUACGAGUACGACUUCAUUGUGGUUGGCGGUGGAUCGGGCGGUUCGGUAAUCGCUUCCCGGCUCUCGGAGAUCAAGAACUGGAAGGUGCUACUGAUUGAAGCGGGACCGGAUGAACCGACGGGCGCCCAGAUCCCGUCCAUGUUUCUGAACUAUCUCGGCAGCGACAUCGACUGGAAGUUUAACACCGAGCCGGAACAGUACGCCUGCCUGGGGUCGCCCGAGCAGCGCUGCUACUGGCCCCGGGGCAAGGUACUCGGCGGCACGUCCGUGCUGAACGGCAUGAUGUACAUCCGGGGCAACCCGCAGGACUACGACGACUGGGACGCGAUGGGCAAUCCGGGCUGGAAGUGGAAGGACGUGCUGCCGUACUUCAUGAAGUCGGAGGACAACCUGCAGAUCAACGAGGUCGACUCGAAGUACCAUUCGACGGGCGGCAUGCUACCGGUUGGGCGGUUCCCGUACAACCCGCCCUUCUCCUACUCGGUGCUCAAGGGCGGCGAGCAGCUCGGCUACCAGGUGCAGGAUCUGAACGGUGCCAACACGACCGGCUUCAUGAUUGCGCAGAUGACGAACAAGAACGGCAUCCGGUACAGUGCGGCCCGUGCCUUCCUGCGCCCGGCCGUCAACCGGGCCAACCUGCACAUCCUGCUCAACACGACCGUCACGAAGGUGCUGGUGCAUCCGACCUCGAAGACGGCGCACGGCGUGGAGAUUGUCGAUGAGGAUGGGCAUAUGCGCAAGAUUCUGGUGAAGAAGGAGGUGAUCGUGAGCGGUGGAGCGGUCAACUCGCCCCAGAUACUGCUGCUCAGUGGCAUUGGACCGCGGGAGCAUCUGGAGAAGGUGGGCGUGCGUCCGAUACACGAUCUGCCGGGCGUGGGCAAGAACCUGCACAACCACGUCGCGUACUUCAUCAACUUCUUCCUGAACGAUACGAACACGGCACCGCUGAACUGGGCGACGGCGAUGGAGUAUCUGCUGUUCCGCGACGGGCUCAUGUCGGGGACGGGCGUGUCGGCCGUGACGGCCAAGAUCAGCUCGAAGUACGCGGAGCGACCGGACGAUCCGGAUCUGCAGUUCUACUUCGGCGGGUUCUUGGCCGACUGUGCCAAGACGGGACAGGUCGGGGAGCUGCUCAGCAACGAUUCCCGCUCGGUGCAGAUCUUCCCGGCCGUGCUGCACCCGAAGAGCCGCGGGUACAUUGAGCUGAAGUCGAACGACCCGCUGGAGCAUCCGAAGAUUGUCGUGAACUACCUGAAGGAGGAUCACGACGUGAAGGUGCUGGUGGAGGGCAUCAAGUUUGCGGUGCGGCUCUCGGAAACGGACGCGCUGCAGGCGUACGGCAUGGAUCUGGACCGAACGCCCGUCAAAGCGUGCCAGGAUAAGGACUUUGGAAGUCAGGAAUACUGGGAGUGUGCCGUACGACAGAACACCGGGGCGGAGAACCAUCAGGCCGGUUCGUGCAAGAUGGGCCCGACCAGUGACCCGCUGGCCGUGGUCGAUCACGAGCUGCGUGUGCACGGCGUACGGAAUCUGCGGGUCGUCGAUGCGUCCGUCAUGCCCAAGGUGACCUCGGGCAACACGAACGCACCGAUCAUCAUGAUCGCCGAGAAGGGUGCCCAUCUGAUUCGUCGGGCGUGGGGCGCACGCUAGAGUUGACUGGCACCUCUUCCCCUCCCCUGUCCAACUAUCGUGUGGACAGCACAUCUCCUAGCAUUUACGAAAUAGGGGACCGAUUCAUUUACCACCUAAGCUAAUCGCGUUUUUAGGCACUCCUCUUCUGCCCCUUUUGUAUGUCCGUCCCGGGUGUGUUGCCACGUAUCACGCGUCUUGUUCGAAGCGUUCGAGAGUGUGUUUUGUUUUGGAAAGUAUUAGCUGCAUCUUUACACGAACAGAAAGUGACGGUUUGUUUCCGGCGCUCGCUCUACCUCGAAUGGCAAAUGAAUUCAAUCCGCUUCCGGCACCGUUCACGUACGCCCGCGUUUGCUUUUAUCAAACACGGGCGGUUUGGGUGCGCGUGUCACAACAGCUCAAGACAAAUCGGCACACAUUUUUCCCUUCUUCCUCUGAAAAAAAAAAACACUCCCUGGCGUGGCAAACCAGGCAUGUCCCGCUCAAAUUGUGUUAAUGUAAAGUUAAAUUAUGAAUAUCAAUAAAGAUUAAUUAUGGUACUA